AUGUCAGAGCUCUUCGACUCCCUCAAUCUCACCACUGCCUCCGCUGGCCCAUCAUCCUCCCAGCAAUCCUCAUCUCAACCUUCCACCAGCAAAGUCUUCUGGCACACAUCACCAUCACCUGGCGUCCUCCGCUCCCUCGCCAAUUGGACACCCAACAAGUCCCAGGAUUCCCCGUGCUUACCUUUGUGCACACAGGCAUUCGUCGGCGAGCUCAGAAAGCUGCCUGGUGCUCUUGAGUCACCUCUUGUCUCCCGCGAGUCAGCCCACAAACGCAAAUUGCACAGCAGUAGCAGGCAUGUUUCCGACCCAACACCAAAUCGAAGCAGAAACCGAGAGUACAUCAAUUUGGAGCAGUCGGAUGAUGAAGAGGAGGAAGAGAGUGGAGGCACAACAAGGUUGCUUCUAGGUGAUGCAGGAGAGUCUUCCCCUGAAUCGAGGAGGAGAAGGACUAUGGACGCUGGUCACACGGGCAAGCUUCGUGAUGCAUCCCCUUCGGAGCACAGCUUGAGCUCCAAGAUCGCUAAUCUAGAUAGGGAAGCAAAUCAUGGACCAAAAAGACAGGAAAGAAGACAUCCAAGAAGGAGGAAGAAGGAGAGCUUGAUGGCUGGCUUAGGGUUGAUGGAUGAGGAAGGGAGGACGAAGGAUUGUUUGAAGCUGUUUGAGGAUUUGCAGGCUGCGAUAGCUAUGCAUGCCUCUGCUAACCCUUCAAGUAGUGGCGGCGGCGGCGGCGGCGGAUCUGGUACCGAAACGAGGAUGACUUUUGAUAACGAGGAAAGUGCAGCGACGGACAGGGUUGGUGGUAGAUUGACGCCGAGGGAGGGAAUUAAUCGGACGACGUCGGCUCCUAGUUCGAGUCGGAUGGUCAUGUCGCGGGAUGUAAUAACGGUGAGGUCUAGUCAACCGGGAGAGACGGAUGGUGGGGAGGGGGGAUUGCAGUCGAGAAAGGGUGUCUUCAGACCAGUCAAGUCUGAUCAUGAUGUGUUCAGGGCAGGAGGAAGUAAGGUCCAGAACGAUGAAAGGGCGUUUCAGCCGAAGACAAAUCUGCCGAUGGAACCUCAGGUAGCGCAGGAAAAGGAGGAGAUCAAGCCCACGUCGCAGCAGUUCAAGCUAUCACCAGUGGCAUCAGUCUCUCUACCACAACAGCCCCGCCAGAAGGAGGUAGCAGAUCUCGAGCCAGCACCAGCAAGAACAAAUGCGCACCAGAGCAUCGACCGCAAACCCAUCGACAGACUCCCUGCUCCUACUUCUAUCACAACAACCACAGCAGCGGUAGCAUCACCAAUCAAGCGCUCAGCCCGGAUCGAAGCUAUGCAAACCGCCUCUUCCACCAGCAACAAAAAGCUUGGCGUACGCGCACACUCCAUGCUCUCCAAAGGCACUUCUGCCUCAUCACCGCGCAAAACAUCGCCCGCGGACUCAACCCGCAAAGUUACCACCCCAUCUUCAGCAGUACGAACGCGAACAACACCACUACCAGGAAUGUCUCAAGCUCGACAAGUCGGUCUACCCCGUUCAUGCUCACAGUAUGCACCCACACAAUCACAGACUGUUGGUGGCGGUGGGGGAGGUGCUGGUCCUGCAGCGCCAUUUCGUCCACCGGCCAUCUCCAGGGCUAAUGUUGUAAGAGCGGCUAGUCCGGUGAAGGUAACAGCAGCGACAAAGGGAAAUGGAGUGGGAAGGGUACAACAGCCUUCAUCGUCAGAUGAUAGUUUUGGAGACGAUGAUGAUGCAUUUUUGGCUCUGGCUUGCGAACUUGAGUACUAG